AUGGAGGAAACUCUAGGUCAAGCGUGGGACAGGUUCAAAGGCCUGUUAAGGAAGACUCUUGUUCACGGUCUUGACAAGACUUCAUAUUUACUUGCUUUCUUGGGAGGCCUCAAUACUAAGUCCAAAAUGAUGAUAGAUGCUUUAGCUGAAGGGAGCAUAAAUACCAAGACUGAAGAUGAGGCGUACAACUUAAUUGAGAGCAUGGCUAUGAGCGAGGUGGUUCUUGCCGAACUUCCCAUGGGAAUAAGAAAUAUUUCCCAAACACAGCAGCUUUGCAACUUAUGUGGUAGUGACCAUAUUAAUGGUCAGUGUGCUUUUUCCAUAGAAACACAGCAGGAUGUCAACUACAUGGGAGCCCAGUUCCAAUACAAACAAGGUAACUUCAACCAAGGUAACUCUAGCCAAGGUUGGAAGAACCACCCAGUAUUGGGCAACAACAAAGCAAUACUUUUGGGCAGUAAUCAAGCUAGCUUCAGGUCAUUGGAGUUACAGUUUGGACAGCUGUCAAAAAGAGUGGAAACCACUGAGAAAAGUCAGUUCAGGGCUAAGACUGAAGUUAACCCUAAGGACGAAUGCAAAGCUAUGUUGACAAGUAACAAAAGGAAGGCAGAAGGGGAAUCGCUGAAGCUUGAAAACAAUGAAAAGGAAGAUCAGGAGAUGAUGAAAACUGAUGAAGUCAACAAAGAAAGAAGAAGUGAGCAUGAAAUUGAACUCACUGAUGAGGAAGAAGACCCUGAAGAGGAAGUCAUUGAAUCAAGGGAUGAAGAGGAAGUUGAAUCUACUGAUGAAGAGGCGGAUAUUGUUGUUCAACCUCAAAAGAUGAAUUAUCCGCCUAAAGAAAAAGAUCCUGGAUGUUUGACAAUACCAUGUGUCCUGAAUGGAUGUGAUAUAGGGGAAGCUAUGAUAGAUUCAGGAGCCAGCAUCAAUAUGUUGCCUAAGAAAUUUGUAACAAAAUGCAAAGGGAUGGUGCUAAAGCAUUCUAAUGUUACUGUAACAAUGGCAGAUGGAUCUAUAACUGAACCACUGGGUAUGGUGAAGAAUGUUGUUGUGUGA